AUGGACGUGUUAAUGAAGGGUUUGUCAAAAGCCAAGGAGGGUGUGGCUGUGGCUGCAGAAAAAACCAAGGAAGGUGUUGCUGUGGCUGCUGAGAAGACUAAAGAAGGAGUUAUGUUUGUAGGUAACAAGGCCAAAGACAGCGUGGGAACAGUGGCUGAGAAGACCACUGGAGCGAUGGAGAACAUUGCUGCCGCCACUGGCCUCAUCAAGAAGGAUGAAUUCCCAUCUGACAUAAAUCCUGAGGAAUACGGGCAGGAGGCUAUGGAGGGCCAGUCAGAGGGAAUGCUGGAGCCAGAAGGAGAGACAUAUGAUGACACCCAGCAGGAGAGUCAAGACUACGAGCCAGAAGCAUAA